GCUAGGGCUUGCUAGCUCUAACGAAGCUUCCUGCAAUCAAUCAGGCCACUGACAAGCAAAUAGCUGUAACUCAGGGAUCCAUCGGUGCCACUGUCUAUAAAAUCUUCUCGACCACUCAAAUUGCUCCUUCGACACUCAACAGCAAACUCGGCACAACUCCCGCUUGACUCCGAACACACAACGGUGCCAAAUACCUAGAUUGAAGCAGCACCAUCUAGCUUCCCAACAUGGACCGAAAGUACUACGGCACCGUCGGCGCUACAGUGACACUCCUGGCUGCCCUCCUCUUCAUUCCCACACCUGAAUCCAAAACAGUCUGUGCGAAUGCCAGCAGCCAGCCAUUGGCCUCCCUAAUCCCCGUCUUCAUGGCCCUCGGCGACCCAAUCCUGCGCCAAGCACUCGCAGUCAUCACCGGCUCAUCCGAGAACUCAGACUACGCUCUCCCCCUGAGCUUCAGCUGGCUCAAUUAUAUGCUCUCAGCCCUGACAAACGUUUUCUCCGGCCAGCGCGGCCUGAUGCCCGACCCCGAGCUCGACUGCACACUCAUGAACAUGCAGUCCGGCGAAUCGCGCAAGAACCGGUCCUGGCUGCUCUCCCGCCUCGUUCGGAACCUGGAGAAGCAGGCCGGCUGCGGCACCAGCGGCCUGAGCGUCUCUAUCUUCUACGCUGGCACAGGCGGACGGCCGUCGCAGGUCGGCUCGGGACUCCCCACGGCGCUGUUCGACGUUGGAAACAUUACCGCGCUCGUGCAGAUCCUCGUCGCUGCUGUGCCUUGGUGCAUGUACCGCGACCCCACCGUGCUCAUGCUCACGGCGUUCGGCCUUACGCUUUCGAACCUCGUGGUGACGAUGCCAGUGUGGCGGGCUGAGAAGUUCACUGCGCGUCGGGAGGGCGCGAAGAAGGGCGUGUAUGCUCUGAUGCGUGGGAGUGGACAUCGGCACGUUUUUAUUAUUCGGAGCCUUCACUCCGAGAGCCUGGAUCUUGAGGAGCUCGCUGUUGCUGCAGUCACCAAUUACGACUGGUUCGGCACGGGCGAGGGCUGGGUUGUCUGCGGUGUCACUGUGGGCUGGUUUAUCUUUACCAUCCUGGCUGCGCGCCUCCGGGCUCACGCUGGGUACCUUCUCGCAGCUAUGGCCCUUGGGACUAUCUCCACGAUCUUCAUCGCUUCGUUCCCUUGGACUCCUCGAGCCCAUGGUAUCCCUGCCACUGUCGACCAUACCAUCUCUCAUCCGAACAAGGCAAUGGACGCUCUCCAGGAGCUUGAGGAGACAUAUCCUGGCUAUGGCGAGAAGCUCCUCAAGACGUUCUUCCCCGGCUCUCUGCAUCCGGAUGAGGAGCGCUGGUGGGCUGAGCGCAAGCAGAAGCAGGAGGCGAGCAAAUCUAUCAAGGACAAGUCCAGCAAUGGCUUGAAGUACAAUGUUCCUGAUACGCCGGAUUCGUCUCCCGAGGUCGUUGGAAUGGACGGUGGAGAGGAUGUCCCUGAUGUCUCUGAGGGUAAGAAAGAGGAGGGUGUUCGAGGCGAGUGUGAUGGAUCGGUUGGUAGGCCUGAAAACACGGUGAAGCUGGAUGCAUUGUAGACUGCGUUUUUGAGGUGCUGUCCUCAUUCGUGGUUCGGUUUUCUCUCACGGUCGGAGGUGUUAACGUCCAUGGUUUUCUGAACCUGUCUCGCAAUUACGGCUAUCGGUUCUCCAUUUGAUUGGCGUCCUUUGAGAAAUCUAGGCGUUUUGGUAAACGUAGCGUAGUGUGUGCGGGAUGACUGGCGCGACUGGCAUCCUGCAGAAUGUAAAAGAGUAUCGGAUAUGUUGUCUUCUUGGUCAUCUUACAACAGUGCUACAACCAUGCCAACAAUACCCACGACGAUAUACCCCAUCUCGCCGCCCCAGUCUUAGUCCCCGUUGGCGUCUUCGU